AGUGCCCUGUUCGAUUCAACCAUGAAAGACAACGUCGGUCGGUUGCUUCUUAUUGUUCGAGAUAUCAGCUUUUCUUUGGCCGCCCACUCAGACUUGCUUGCCCCACCAACGGCCUAGCUUGAAGUGAUGAAAUCCAUCGAGAUAUGGUUGCCUGCUGGCCAUGAGAUCCUGGCCCCCUCCAUCGUCGCAGACAAAGGCGGCGACAGAGGAGGCACAAUGGUGAUACCUGGUUUCAUCAGUUUAAAUACCUCUCCCACGUCAGCCUCCACUAGCUAAACUGGAAUUCCUAAACGAACGCAGUGGGUGAAAUUCUUCCAAUGGUGGCCAUUUACCGUACCCGCAGGUGUGGAACUUUUGUUGGCCUUGGCCCCAAUUCCAAACAAGUCAUUUCUUGAGGGCUUUAAAUUUUUGUAGGGAAUCGAUAGGAUUCCCUGAUCCUUCUACUUGAGAAUACCUUUGGGAGCUGUGUUAAUGAUGGAUGACGGAGAUCUAUUGCUGACAAGUAAUUUUUACAACUCGAGCGGAAGUACUCCGUAAAGUUACUGAAACCCGGGAUGUUGCUCCCUGUGAUCCGGCCUUGUAAUUUCUGAGGGCUUGGGGCUUAGCUCUGGGGCGAGGCCGAGCUGUGGCUUGACCAUCAUCGACUGCCAUCGCAGUUCUGAUUUAUGUUAUUGCUCGGGUAUCCAUACUUUUUCGGAGUGACCGUCGUUGGACCAGUCCAUGGAUCCAUUUCUAUCAGGAUAGCAACAUCGUUCUCCUCACGUCGUUUGUAAGGCGCUUGAAGUAUCCGUAUCUGGGUUACUGCAGAGCAGGGAUGAUGCUGCUUUAAAGUCCAAUAAUGCCCUAGAAGAAGCAUCAGCCAUUGACGGACAUUUCAUUGUUUCCGUCAGCCAUACGCUAGGAAGCACUAUCAGAGGAACCACGAUACAUGUUUUUGGGGCUGCUUUUCUGGAGCGAGCCUGAUAAAAUUCACGACCUCGGUUUCAAACCGACCAGCAGCGGAUAAUGAGACCAAACAAAGAAGAAUUCCGGCAACAAAUAUGAUUGACAGACUUGGAGAUACGUGUCGUUUGGUGGAGGUUGGCGGGCGGGCGGGCGGGCGGGCGCUGGCGGUCGGGUCGGUGAUGACAAAUCGCCGGUGCUUGGGUGCAGUGCGCGGGUCUAGCCUGUUUGGGCCUGGCGCCAUCCCUCGGUAACUUCACUGUGCAAAGCGGGAAAAAGCAAAGAAACCGCUCUUGCUCUCUGGGAUCCUCUUCUUCUUAGCUCUAGUGGUUGCAGUCCGUCCAGUCCGUUCCCUGUGGCUUCUUCAUGUCUUCUUCUCUGGGCCCAUAUUAACCCCGGGGAGGCACCUUUCAUGCUCUCGCUCGCAUCCAGUGCGAUUCCAUUUUGCCGCCACGGCCUGCCGUUCAUACAAACCUCAAGACCACCAAAUUAGGAAACAUCUUGGGUCCAACACCGAACCCAUCUGCCAGACUGCCACCGUCCAUGUGCUGUCAGACGAGGGAGCGAGAGUUAACUACAUUUACUUAUAUCAUUAUUAAGCAGCAUCCUAUUCCCCUCCGCCGCCCUCCUCGUCUUUUGGCUUUCUGCACCGACUGUUCCUGGCCACAGCAUCAAACGAACACUCCACCUUGAUCCCUCCGCUUUCGCUAUUCACCGCGAACCCAGUUUUGGUCCCGGAGCUAACUAUCGCUGCGUGGGGAUACCUUAACUGCCCCCGUCACGCCGGACGUUCGAUUUUCCUUCCCGUUCGGACCAGGGCUUGGAGAUACCGCCACGCCCUCAUCAGCUCCUUGCUCUAGAAAAAUGGAUAAUCUUGGUGGAGGAGAUGCAGAUAGCAUGGGAUUUGACAUGAACAUGGUGGUCAAUCAACCUCCACAGAUAUUCGGGGCAUACAAUCCUGAUGGUUCGCCCAUAACACCAUCACUUCCAGGACCAGUAUUCUCCGAAGACCACUUGACGAGCAAUAUGGAGGAGAGCAACGAUGCUAAGAGACGGAGAAUUGCAAGAGCGUGUGAUAUGUGCCGAAAAAAGAAGAUUAAAUGCGAUGGGAAGAUGCCAAAAUGUUCCCACUGUAUAAAUUAUAAAACGGAGUGCAUCUUCACUCAAGUGGAGAAGAAACGCAAUCCACCCAAAGGGGCCAAAUAUAUCGAAGGGCUGGAAAAUCGAUUGGGCCGGAUGGAAUCCUUACUACGUCUAUCCGGAUUGUUAACGGAAGCAGACGCUGGUAAAACAGAUCUUAGCGCACUGGAAAGACGGCUUGCAGAUAAGUCAUCUCAGCCUAGUGGCUUAUCAUCCAAGCCAUCGACAGCAUCGUUUGGUUUUAAUCAAACAAACCAACCAUCGCCCACUACUUCUACACCACAUGCAGAUUUUCACACCAGCCCCAAGACUCCGGCCACUUCACCAGACUCCCAAAAGGAGACAGAGGAGUUAGAUUCGCUGUCAGAUAUGAUGUGCUCCUUGGUCACCAACAAUUGCGGGGAGACCCGAUAUAUUGGAUCAUCAUCUGGCUUCUCAAUAUUCUCACCGAAAGGUAUCCAAUGGGUCAACGAGAAAACGGGGGAUUCCUCGUUUCAGGACAUGAUUUCAUCUGCAUAUGUAGAUGACAAUAAAUGGAUAUAUUGGAAGCCGGAGAUUUUCAGUGAUAUAUUUGCUCGUCGUGUUUUCAAACCAUUGCCUCCCCGGGAGGAAGCUUUAUCCCUCUUUAAAGAUUACUUCGAGAACUUUAAUUGCGUCUUUCCUCUCUUUCACGAACCCACCUUUAUGCAUCUGGUCGAACGGCAAUAUUCCCGCGAUCCUUACGAGGGCUCUGGAUGGUGGGCUAGUAUGAAUGUCGUUUUGGCUAUAGCUCACAGACUACGAAUUAUGAGUAACUUGGUACCCCAGGAGGAGGAUAAAAAAUCUUGGCUGUAUUUGAAAAAUGCGAUGGGUGUUUUGACGGAAUUGACUAUGCGAAACACUGAUCUCCUGAGCGUGCAAGCCUUGCUUGGAAUGUCACUUUUCCUACAAGGAACUCCUAACCCACAACCGACAUUUUUCCUAGUUGCUGCAGCAAUCCGCCUCUCGCAUAGUAUAGGUCUGCAUAAGCGCGGUUCUGGAUUUGGCUUGAAUCCCAUUGAACUCGAACAGCGAAAGCGAGUUUUUUGGAUCGCAUACAUACUAGACAAGGAUAUAUGUCUUCGAUCCGGGAGGCCUCCGGUGCAGGAUGACGACGAUAUGAAUGUCGAGCUUCCUAGUGAAGACCCCCCAGAUAAUAUUGGAAAUGUUCCACUCUCUGAUGGCAAGGGAAAACUAAAUCUUUUCCGAUUGAUGUGCAUUUUUGCAACAAUCGAGAGUAAAGUAUAUAAACAGCUCUAUUCAACCAAAGCCUCCCGACAAUCAGACGGCGAGCUUCUCAAUACGAUUGGCGAACUUGAUCGAGAACUUGAAGAGUGGAAAGACAGCAUACCACUUGAUUUCCGACCUGAACAUGAGAUAAAAGCCACCCACCGCCCGUUAAUUCUUCAUAUAGUGGUGCUACACUUCGCUUAUUACAACUGUCUGACCACAAUUCACCGAAUGUCUGUUCACCAUGGAUACUGGACGAGCCGCCUAUCGAAUUAUGCAAUCCAGGGUCUGAACGCGAGGCCGUUGAACCCACGUGUGUUCUCUUCCGCUGUUCUUUGUGUUUCUGCUGCUCGUGCCUCUAUACAUUUGAUCAAAUAUAUACCCCAAGGCGACUUUGCCUGUGUUUGGUUAAUUCUUUACUUCCCAAUUUCUGCAUUGGUCACGCUGUUUGCCAAUAUACUUCAAAACCCACAAGAUGCCCGUGCGCGAUCUGAUGUGAAGCUAAUGGGACUUGUGGUAAAUUUUCUUUCGAUGCUGGUUGCUGACGAAUCCAAUGGAAGUGUUAGACGUAUGCUUGGAGUUUGCUCUGAAUUUGAAAGGAUUGCAAAGGUUGUGUUGGAGAGGGCUGAAAAGGAAACACAGUCAAAGCGCAAGCGAAGGGCUGGAGGCGAUGAGAACAACGACGAUGACGUGCCUGUUCAAACCCCUAGCACUGGUCAGCAGGCCAGAGCCGCGCCGGAUGUCCAACCGGUUAAUGUCACACCUAAAGCAUCGUUGCCCCCACAACACUUUCAAGCGAACCCAAGCACUCGGCAAACAAACCAAGUGGACGGGAAUUUCUACUUCAACCAAACUGUGAGUAUGGAGCAAGGAGCAUCAACACCAGCAUCGACGACCACAGCAACACCGACGGCCGCGUCGACAACGACUGGAACUCAGUUCGGACAUGGAUAUGACGAGAACUUUUCUUCUGAAAUGUUGACACCCAACCAGGUGAAUCCAAAUGCGUUCAACAGCGGCAGCCCGUCUUUCUCCAACCCUUGUGCAAUGCCCAUAGAUCUCUCGUCCUUUCAGCAACCAUUUGUGCCCCAGGAACUCUGGCAGAUGCCAAUGACAUUAGAAUGGGACUGGGCGGACGUGCCUGCUAACUUUCCAUUCGUAAGCGGAGAGGAGCAUCAGGCGUAGUUGACAUACAUUUGUCAACUUAAGACGACGUUUGCUGCGGGCGAAAGGUGUGUCUGAGGCUGAGUAGGAAUGGAAACGAAUGCGAGCGACUUUAAUAUAUGGCAAGAUGGAACAACGGACUCUUUUCUACUACCCUUUUUUUGAAAUAAUAUGAUAGCCCCGGACAAGGGAGGCUUUUCUGGCGUUUUGGGGGGCCCCACUCCGCCGUCUACAUUUUGAUGAAGGGAUUUUAUUUUCUGAGACGGGUUUAGAGGCUAGCGGAGUUGGGGCGUAUUGGGAAUAUCUGUAAAUGUAUAAUAUAUAGCUAAAUAUCCGCCCGCAUCAUGACCAAUGCACUUCUUU